AUGGGUGUUGCAACUCCAUUGACAAUCCUCGCACAACAAACAUCUCCCGCGGGACUUAACGGUAGGACGGAAGGUUCCCGUACCUUUACGAUAGCCCAGUCCUCUAAGACACGCGUAGCGGUAAUCCCACUGGGCAAUAGCCAACGAUGGAAUCAAACGAAAGCAAACGUGGCAGUCUUCGAGACAACGUCUUCCACACCAACCCCGGCACCCGCUAGUUCUAGUGGUAAUUCCGCUACCACUGCCCUUAUAGUAAUGGGAGUGAUUCUUGUAUUAUCUCUUCUAAUUUUCACAAUAUACUUUUGUUGUUGUAAAAACAGAAAAGGUCCCUCCAGCGGACGCAGGUCGCCGAAAAAGACCUAUUAUAAUCGUUACAGCCAUUUCAAGGUCGUUCGUGGUCCACCAGGCCCGCAAGGUCCACCGGGGGUUCCUGGACUUGAUGGCGCUCCAGGGCUUCCUGGUGCUCAGGGACCGCCGGGUGAUAGAGGUCCUGAGGGGCCAUGUGGUGACGAUGGCCCACAAGGUAUUCCCGGUGAAAGAGGCCUUCAGGGUCCAAGUGGUGAAAGAGGUCCCCGAGGUCCACCUGGUGAUAGAGGCGACCGAGGUCCCCAAGGCACUAUUGGUGAUCCCGGCCCACGAGGCGCUGCCGGUGAACGAGGUCCCAAUGGGGCAUUAGGACCACAAGGGAUACAGGGUCCACCGGGUCGCGACGGUCGUGAUGGAAGAGAUGGCCGGGAUGGGAUUAAUGGCCGGGAUGGCGCCGACGGUCGAAAUGGCACUGACGGCCAAGAUGGUGCCAAUGGGAGGGAUGGAACGAAUGGAAUCGAUGGGAGAGAUGGCACGGACGGAAAAGACGGAGCCGAUGGUGCCGAUGGCCGGGACGGUGUCGACGGUCAGGACGGAAGAGAUGGCCAAGAUGGCAUCAAUGGUAUCGAUGGCCGAGACGGUAUGGAUGGUCGCGAUGGUAUUGAUGGUAUUAAUGGUACCGAUGGCUAUGACGGUAUUGACGGUCGUGAUGGCGCUGAUGGUCGGGAUGGCCAGGAUGGCGAAAGAGUAUCCGAGCCCAUCGCCGACGAUCCCGAGAACCAGAUGCCGGACGACGAUACUAUAAUUGCUGCCGGCACUGCAGAAACCACUGCGGAGGCUUCUGCCCCGGCCAUUACGGCGGAAGGGUCUACUGCGAUGGACACUGCGGCUGUUUAUGUCGUUGCUGUCACUGAGAAGACAUCGCUUGGUCUGGCUUGGAGGGAUUCAGUACCUACACCAUGGUAUAAUAGCGCGGCGGCAUAG